AUGGAGAAUUUUCCUUCGUAUUCCUACCCAGAUUCCGGCGAUUCUUCUCCUCGUUCCCGUGAAAUCGACUUCGAGAAUCCUCCGCCGCCAUGGGAGGAGCAGCAACAGCAGCAGCAACCGCCGCAAUCUUCACUCAACCACAAGGUCAAAUUCAUGGUUAGUUAUGGCGGCAGAAUUCAACCUCGUUCUCAUGAUAAUCUCCUCGCUUACGUCGGCGGUGAAACCAAAAUUCUCGCCGUCGAUCGAUCGAUUAAAUUCGCGUCGUUGUAUUCUAAGCUUUCGUCGACUCUCGCAUCGGAGUCUGCCGUGAACGACGCCGUUUCUGGUGGUUUCAUCUUCAAAUACCAGCUUCCUGGUGAAGAACUCGACGCUUUGAUUUCCGUCACAAACGACGAUGAUUUGGAGAAUAUGAUGCAUGAAUACGAUCGACUUUAUCGCGGUUCAACUAAACCGGCUCGAUUAAGGAUUUUUCUCUUUCCGAUUCAUAAAUCUGGUUCGUUUGGAUCUACUUCGUCGGAUCCUGGUAAGAUCGACCGUGAAUCCGACCGGUUCGUCGAGGCUUUGAAUUCCGGUCCAUCGCCGCCUCCUCCGGCGGCCGUCAACAGUAAUAUGGAUUUCUUAUUCGGUUUAGAUAAAGGUCCGGCGCAAAUUCCGGCGCCGGUUCAAGCUCCGGUUCAGAUUCCGGUACCGGUUCAACAACGGCAUGAACCGGAUCCACAAAUUGAAGCGCGGAUUCAGGAGAUGAACAGGAUGCAGAUCUCGGUUCAGGAGAUGAAUCGGCAAAAAAGCGAGGAAGCAAACUAUGCGGCAACUGCUCCGGCUAAUAUUCCGUCGUCUGUUCAAAUUCCGGCGGGUUACUGGCAACCUCCGCCGCCUCCUCAACAGGUCAACGUCGAACAACAACCACCGCAACAGCAACAACCGAUGCCACCUCAGCACCACCACCAACAACAAUUCCAUCACCAACAACAGCAGCAACAACACCAGCAGUUUCAUCCUCAACAACAGCAACAUCCACAACAACACCAGCAACAGCAACAACAGCCGGUAUACAUGGUUCACGCGCCACCACCAGGGAAUGUUUACCACGCGCCGAUGAUGCGACCGGUAACCGGACAACCCAGUCAAGGGUACUACCAGAUGCAAAGAGUGCCAUCUGAUCAGGUUUACCGGGAGCAGCAGGUGUACAACAUGGGGUCAGGGAAGAUGGGAGGAGGUUAUUCAGAAGGGAUGGGGUUACCGGCUAGACCGAUGGGUGCGGAAAAUCAGGGGUAUACGCAGGUGGCGUACGAUAACGGAAGUGGGAGACAGGUGUACUAUGCUGCGCCUCCGGGAAGUGCGGGAGUCGUAACGACGCCGUUUCAGGGAGUUCCGGUAAAUGGGAGUGGUGAAAUGAGACCGGUAACUGCUGCUCCACCGGGUUUAACCAGUGUUCCUGCUGAGGGUAAUAAGGGAAUUCAGAAAGUUGUGUCUAAUUCUAAUGUGUGA